AUGGGAUUUGAAGCCGCAAAGAUGGACCAAGCUGUUAUUAUCUACGGAGCUUCAUGGUGUGAAGUUUGUAGCCAAUUUUUUCCUGCGUUCCAAAAGCUUAGCAACAUUUACCAGAGGAUCAAGUUUGUUUAUGCAGAUAUCGACGAGUGCCCUGAAACCACUCUUAACAUCCGUUACACUUCGACGUUUCAGUUUUACAGAGACGGUGAAAAAGUUGACAAGAUGUUUGGAGCUGGUGAGGCUGAAGCAAUACUCGCUAGAGCACAAGUAACUGCUAGACGUUCUCCCAUGUUAUAUCAGUCUCUCGAAGAAACUGGGGGAGUAGAGGCUGCGAGUUUGAGACUUGCAGAGAAAUACAUUCAAGCCUUCGGUAACAUUGCGAAGGAGGUGGGUGGGUUUGAGCUUCUAAGAACUGAGGGAUGUUCAUAUGUUUGUGAUGUAAAUGGAUGGAGUUUUGUCAAGAAUUCUUACAAGUAA